UGAUGUCGUCAUUUGAGGAAUUGGGUUUGAGCAACUGGCUGCUUCAACAAUGCAAGAGUGUGGGAUUCCUCACUCCUACUGCUAUUCAAGCACACUGUAUAUUACCUAUUCUGCAAGGUCGGGAUUGCUUGGGUUGUGCAAAGACAGGUAGUGGAAAAACUGCGGCGUUUGCAUUGCCCAUUUUACAGAAAAUCUCGAUGGAUCCGUACGGGAUAUUUUGCCUCGUUCUUACCCCGACAAGAGAGCUUGCUUACCAAAUAGCUGACCAGUUUCGUGUUCUUGGGAAGCCUAUCGGUUUGAGAGACAGCGUCAUCGUUGGAGGCAUGGAUAUGAUGAAGCAGAGUUUAGACCUUGCAAAAACACCUCAUAUCGUCAUAGCAACUCCAGGUCGACUUGCUGACCACAUCAGAAGCACUGACACAUUUACAUUGAAGAAGAUUAAAUUUCUCGUUCUUGACGAAGCCGAUCAUUUACUGGAGAAAAGCUUCUCUGAUGAUCUUGCAGUAAUAUUUGAUGCUUUAUCACAGCAGCGACAGACUCUAUUAUUUAGUGCUACUUUAACGGAUGCUCUCCAAGAGCUACAGAGGCUGGCUAAUCGAAAACCAUUCUUUUUUCAAAUGACAUCUAGUGUAGCCACUGUUGAAGAGCUCGAGCAGCGUUAUGUCAUCAUGCCUGCUAAAGUGAAAGAAUGUUAUCUUGUUCAUUUGCUCCAACAUUUGCACAAUGCUGAAAGCAAGAGCAUUAUUAUCUUUACUCCAACAUGUCGGAAUUGUCAAGUUUUGUCUCAAUUGUUGACUCGUUUAGAAUUUCCCUGUGCUGCCCUUCACUCACUGCUUUCACAGCGUGUUCGAUUGGCUUCUCUAGCUAAGUUCAAGUCACAGCAAGUAAAGAUACUUGUUGCAACUGAUGUAGGGUGUAGAGGACUUGAUAUUCCAACCGUUCAGGUUGUUAUUAACUUUAACGUACCAUCAAGUCCUAAAGCUUAUAUUCAUAGAGUUGGCAGAACAGCACGUGCAGGGCGACACGGUUUGGCUGUGACACUCAUAACACAAUACGAUGUUGAUAGAAUUCAUGCCAUCGAAGCUUCUAUAAACACAAAACUCACAGAAUACGAAGUUGACGAAACUGAAGUCCACAAACUCAUUGAUGAGGUCAUGAUCACCAAGAGAGAGAUAGAAAUCAGACUGAAUGAAGCCUCGUUUGGCGAAAGCCGCCGGGCAAACAAGAGGAAGCAGCAGCUCAUACGAGGAACGCUACCUCCUGCCAAGAAAAAAUAACAGACCAACCUACUGCUAUAGAAAGAAUGUCUCGUCUACUGAUGAGAUGCAGAUGAUAAGACUAUUCUCAUUUGUCACACAUAAUAUUUAGAGACAAUGCAUGCUGC